AACAAUACCAUACCAGUGUACUAUAUAUGUAUUUGAACUUAAACAAGCACCAAUAUUAAAUGAAAAAGUUUACUUGGGUUAUCUACAAAUAUGCAUACACAUGUAUGUACAUAUAUCCGUUCGACGAUUUCAACGAAAAGUGCCAAAUAAAUGUCACGAUGUCUGUCCUACCGGAUAUCGCGUUGUUUGUGGAUUCCACAAUGGAUACUUGCGAACGUUUGCCAGCAGUUGUGUGAUGCGAAUGUAUAACUGCAAGUACCAAAAAGACUAUCGAAUCAUAUCUCAACAGGCAUGUGAAUUUAUUAGCAAUGAAGAUUUACGAAAGUUAGAGCUUUAAAAGCGACACGGAUGCAAUAUGAAAAUACCGCUAGAUGGCGCUAUAAUCUACGGCGCAUGCGUUGCAAACAUUUUUUGUUGGCUGUGGCUUAAAGUCGUCAAGAUGUACUAACAUACAUAUUUACAUAUAAUCACAUACGUGCUAAUGUUUUAUGUGAAACCUCUGAGUAAAUUACAUUAGCAUAACUAAAACAUAAUUAAUUAAAUUUAAACGAUAACUUACCGACUCUAAAACAUCAAGUAUACAAAUAUUGCAAACGUUAACAUCAGUAUUUAAGUUAAGCAAGGAAGCUAAGUGGUUAAGAUAUUUGAAUGUAAGUAUACACAGUCAUACAUAUGUAUGUAUGUGUAUGCACAUAGGCCAGAACAACGUAUAGCAAAAGUGUGUUUGGCCAGGUCAACAUUUAUAAAAGAGCUACCAAAGUGAACGCGGAAAACUCUAAAUAAUUACAGCUCCUAAAGUGGCAAGUUUUAUUAACAGGCAAUACCUACGAUUUCCUAAUCACUUGCUUUUGGCAUUCAUCUGGGCAAUACAUUGCCGCCGUGUACCGCAAGACUGGGCAAAAUUA